AUGAAGCUCUUUUUGGGAUUCACCUCUCUGCUGCCGAUACUAUGCACAGCCAUAGUCAACAACGACGGCCAGCAGACAAUAGCUGGUCAACAACUGGCAGAACAAUAUCACGAGAAGGAGAAACUCUCGGACGUAAUUGCCGCAUCCCCUCUGCUCUCUCUUCACCGCGCAAUCUGCGAAAUCGAAUCCAUCACCGACAACGAGUUUGCAGUCGGAGAACUUCUCAUUUCAGUCCUUGAAGCUCACAACUUCACCGUCAAAACGCAGAGCGUACCGCCGCCAAACUCGAACAACAGUACGAAAGACAGAUUCAAUGUCUACGCUUAUCCGGAUGUCUCGAAAUAUUCCAGCCUAGAAGCUUCAUCUAUCAAGGGAGAUCAUGUGACGACGAAACCGAAAGUGCUAUUAUCCUCACACAUCGACACGGUUCCACCACAUAUCCCGUAUUCACUAUCGCUUCCCAAAUCCAAAUCAUCACGCAAGGAUAUCCUGAUUUCCGGCCGCGGCACCGUCGAUGACAAGGCCUGCGUAGCCGUCCAGCUCCAAACGGCAUUGGAUCUGCUCUCGAGCGGAGACGUCUCGCCCUCGGACGUGGCUCUGCUGUUCGUGGUCGGCGAGGAAAAACGCGGCGAUGGCAUGCGCGCGUUUUCCGAGUCCAAGCUCUACAAGGCGAGCAACGGCGGCUACAAGGCCAUCCUGUUCGGCGAGCCAACCGAGGGCAAACUCGCCGCGGGACACAAGGGCAUCGAAAUGCUCACGCUCAAGGCUCACGGCAAGGCGGCGCACAGUGGAUAUCCGUGGCUGGGGCGAAGUGCCAAUUCGAUGAUCCUACCUGCUUUGAUGGUGCUCGAUUCGUUGGGCGAUAUCCCCGAGGCGGAGGGAGGGUUGCCUCGCAGCGACAAAUACGGCAAAUCUACGGUGAAUGUAGGGUACAUGCAGGGCGGGGUGGCGGGGAAUGUGGUUCCAGAAUAUGCCACAGCAGAUAUUACGUUCCGACUUGCGGGGGGCACGGUGUCCGAAGUGCGCGAGAUUGUCACGCGUGCUGUCCGAAAGGUCGAUCCAGAGGGAUUGUUGGAGUUGGAGUUCAGCCAGGGCUACGGGCCCGUCCCGUUGGACGCGGACGUCAGGGGAUUUGAUACCAUCACCGUGAACUACGGGACGGAUGUGCCGAAUCUAGAAGUCCAAGACGGAGUCAAGAAAUUUCUCUACGGGCCAGGGAGCAUUCUCGUGGCUCAUGGAAAAGAUGAAGGACUGACAGUGGGAGACAUGGAGGAUGCAUUGGCCGGAUAUAAGAGGCUAGUCAAGCAUGCUCUUGAGCUGUAG